AUGGCACUGGAGGGUGGAGUUGGAGAACUAAAGGGGGAAAUUCUGGGCCUUCUAAAGGACUUCAACCCUGUCCAUAUCCACAAAAUCCAGAAUGGCUGCAAAUGCUUCACAUUUGUAGAUCUGGGCUCCAUGUAGAAAGUGGCGCUUGCAAUCCAGGAGCUGAAUGGCAAGCUCUUCCACAGACGAAAAUUGUUUGUGAAUACAAGCAAAAGGCUUCCUAAAAGGAUCCCUGGCAGGGCCGAGUGGCCCCAGAAGCUCAGUUUUGGAGAGGGAGUCUGGACUUACUAUAUGCAGCUCACUCCUAAGUCUUCUCUGGACCCCUGUGAGACAGAGAAACUGAGGGCAGCCUUCUUUGCAGUUCCAAUGGAAAUGAGAGGAUCCUUCCUGGUGCUGCUCCUGAGGGGAUGCUUCCAAGACCUGAGCCUCAUCCACAGCAUCCGCGGGGAGCUGGGGCUGCUGAUGACCAAUGUCAUCCCUCAGACCCCAUUUUUCUGGGCCAUGCACAUCACUGAGACUCCGCACCACAACAUGCAGAUGCUGUUCAGCACCCUCGCUGAGGCAGAGGAGCGGCAGCCCUACCUGGACAACUCUGCCGUGCAGCGUGGGACCCGCUGUCUGGCUGAGUACCUCCUAGGCAAUUAUGGACACGCCUGGAACAGGUGCUGGGUGCUGGGCAGGGUGGACAACUGGGCUGUGGUCAUGUUCAUUGAUUUUGGCCAGUCGGCCACCAUUCCUGUGCAGUCCUUGCGCAGCCUGGAUAGUGAUGACUUCUGGACCAUCCCUCCUCUGACUCAGCCGUUCAUGCUGGAGACAGACAUUUUGCAUUAUGAUCAGGUUGUCCAUCAAAUCCUCAAAGGGAAAAUCACUGGCACUUUGGACUCCAAGUUGCACAUCCUGAAGUUUGAAGAGUUUAAAUAAUAGGGCUACACCCGGCAUGUCCCCUCUCCUGUGUCUCCUGUCCUUUCAUCCCUUUCAUUCUUGAGGCCUUGGAGGUGAAAAAGGCUCAACUAUGCUCGUGAUUGAUUUGAUUCCCGUUUUCCCUUUACCCCCAGCUCACCUCUUUAAAAAGACAAAGUGAAAUCUCAUUUGUCAUCAGUUCCCUAACUUGGCAUGAACAU